AUGAGCUUGCUAGGCCCCACUGCUGGAGACAAAAGUUCCAGAAUUAAAAUGCACAAUACAAACAACUCUGCCAGUCGCGAAAUUGUAACCCUGUUGAUGGCGAAGAAGAAAGGAAAAGGGGUAGCUAUGACAGAAGAACUCAACCCCAACACUGUUCAAUCCUCAAACAACAAUCCUCUACCCAAUACAGGACCUGUGCUCUUAGGUCCUCAGACCAAAACCCCCUCAAAUCCCACUAGUGUUUGCAAGUUCAGUUCAGUCCAGUUUUUGCCCCCACAACGCGCAACCGUGGACUGCAACUGGUCUAGGAUUGACCCAGAUAUUGAGGGAACCAAACCGAACCACCUAGGACCAGUCUUUUGCAGUCUAUGGAGCCAGUUCAGACCAAUCCAGACCGGUUUUUUUGCGUAUAAUUUAUUAUACCAAUAUAAACCAUUUGUAUCUCAACCAUUAUUACUCUGA